AACGAGCGCUUGCGCACCCCAGAUGGAAGUCUGGACGAGAGAAAGAAAGAAAUGGCUGUGCAAGGAAAUAUACCAACAGACCAGUAUUGAACAAGCCCAUGAAGAACAGUCAGUUUGACUGACAUGGAAUGCUGUAGCCGGCGUGCAUCGCAGCCCGCGCAGAUACCGACUGGCAGUGGGAGCAGCAGAGGGCCUUUGGCCACUAGUCCGUGGAGAUGAUGACCAGCAGCGAGGAGGGCGACAGUGCUGAAGUCCAUCAUCAAGAGGAUCCCUCCACCCUGGACCUCCAUGGGACCAGAGUAUCAUCCACGGAAGCUGACCCUGAGGAGGGAGGUGGUGGUGGGGGAGAUAUGUCGGACCCAGACCCGGACCCACCGCCAUCCACCAGGACCCCACUCCCACCAGCAGCCAUCGAGGCACCCGAUGGAGGUUGGGGCUGGGUGGUGUUGGCUGCCACCAUCUUGGUGCUGGCCUUGACGCUGGCUUUUCCGUCUUGCGUGGGCAUCUUCUACACGGACCUCCAGGCGGAGUUCCACGCCACCAACAGCGAGACAUCCUGGGUGCCCUCCAUUAUGACCUCUGUCCUCCAUGCUGGAGGUCCGCUGUGCAGUAUUCUGGUGGAGCGGUUUGGCUGCAGGGCCACGGUGAUGUUUGGCGGCGUCAUGAGUGGCAUGGGCAUGGUCUGCAGCUCCUUCGUCAACUCCAUGGAGGAGCUCUACAUCACCGCUGGAGUCAUCACAGGCCUGGGUUUCUGCUUCAGUUUCCAGCCUGCCGUCACCAUCCUGGGCCAGUACUUUGUGCGCCGGCGUCCCUUCGCCAACGCGCUGUCCUCCACGGGCACAGCCCUGGGCCUGUCCGUGCUGCCCUUCUUGGGCCACUACCUCCACCGCGAGUACGGCUGGCGCGGCAGCUUCCUGGUGCUGGGGGGAGUGCUGCUCAACUGCUGCGUGUGCGGGGCCGUCAUGAGACCGCUGGUGCCCCGACGGAGGCAGCCGCCUAAGGCGGCGACAGAUCCCUCAUGCAGCACAGGCACGGAGCCGUCCGGUAAGCGCGGCAGCGUGGUGCGAUCGUGGCUGAAGGGAGCGCUGGCGACGCUCCACAAGAACAUGGCGUUCGACCUGCUGCUGACCAACGUGCGCUACCGCAUCUACGCCGUGGGCAUCACCUGGAUGAUGCUGGGCUUCGUGGUGCCGCUGGUCUACAUGGUACCCUACGCCACCACCUCGGGCAUGGAGCAGAGUGACGCCGCCCUGCUGCUCUCCAUCCUGGGCAUCAUGAACAUCUUCAUACGCCCGCCCAUCGGCCUCGUCCUCAACCUGCCCUGGUUUAAAGGCCGGCAUGUUUACAUCUUCAGCUUUGCCCUGCUGCUGAACGGCCUGAGUAACGCCAUCUGCUGCAUCGGGCCCAGCUUCCAGGUGCUGCUGGCCUACGUGCUGGUGUACGGGCUGUCCAUGGCCGUGGUGGGCUCGCUGGUCUUCACCGUGCUCAUGGACACCGUGGAGAUGCGGCGCUUCCAGCCCGCCCUCGGCCUGCUGUCCGUCAUGGAGAGCUUCACGCUGCUCAUCGGACCACCACUCGCAGGCGUCCUGGUGGACCGAAAUGGCCUCUACGCCCACGUCUACGCCGCUUGCUCGGUUGUCGUGGUGACUGCUGCCCUGUUCCUCAUGGUGUCGUUCUAUGUGCUGGAUCGGAGGGAGGCCAGGCUCAAACAGGAGCAGCAGCAGGAGCAGCAGGAGCAGCAGGAGCAGGUACCCCUCAACGGUCACCCACCACCAAAGGCCUGCGUCACCCUCGCCCAGGACUGCCAGUACCGCAGUGUGCCCACAGAGGGCGACCCUGAGAAAGGCACAGCCGAGGCUGCGAUGGAUGCAGUGGACAGCAGCCUGUGAGUGAGGGAUGGGCAACUUGGAUUCAGAAGCUGCAAUUCAGUGCUAUAGAUUCCAAAAGAUCUGGGUUUAUCUGUCCAAUUCAUGGCACAACUGUACAUAUAGGUUUCUUGUAUAAAAACGUUCCUGUCUGCGCUCGCAGCUGAGGAUACCUCUGCAACCUCUGAUUUUUAGGAAACUGGUGUCACUCAAAAAUGUGCUCACUUGAUUGGCUGCUUAGCAUCUUGCCCCUCCUCACAGCGCAAAUGUUUCGUAAACAGGAACCCUAUCUGUAGGGACAGGUAAAACCAGGUUAUUUGUGGCACUGGAUUAAGGCUUCUGAAUGCAGGCUCCCCAUCACUGCCUGUCAGGGGACUGGAGUGGAGCCUGAGUACAGUAGGACCUGAUGCUGCUGAACACGUCCACAUAACCGGGCGCCGGAUUUGUAGUCAAGAUGUCAUGCAGGGGGUUUUGUGUUCAUCUGCAGUAUAAUGGACUACAGUACAAGAUGUGCUUUACGCUCACGAUGCGCAUUUACAGUCAAGAUCCAAGAGCCUUGCCUGUUUACUCAGCCUUAAUGAAUUGUCUGCUAAUAGAUGGCAUAAAGCCAUUAUGUACAGACCUCAUCUGCCACUGAUAUGAUGAUAGCCAACACACGUCACUCAGCCUGGCAGUGAGAGAGAACUGAUGGCAGAACUUCAAAACCAAACAGCCUUCCACAGCUGGGCACCUAAAAGCUAGCCCUCGUCAUGCAAAAAAAAGGAGGGGGACGCGACACAGCAUCUCUACUCUUUGGGAGGAGUUAUCACUGUCCACUCAGAAAUGGUGGAAAAUCACGGGAAUGGAAAUCAGUUAAAUACAACCAAGCCAACCAAACCAAACAGCCUUCCAAAACUGGAUACCUUAGCCCUUGCUGUGUGAAAAGCGUGGAUGAUGUAACCCACCAUUCUCCAAAGAGCUUGGAUGUCAGCAACUGGACUUCUUUGAGCUUUGAGCUCCUUAUCUAAGGAGCUUCAUCAGUUCUGGCCGACCCAUUGUCCUUGUGCUUUGAGAGGAUGAUCAUUGUUCACAGAAAGAGAUAACGGUAAUGGAAGUCAUCUCUGGUUUAUACACUGUACGGAUAGUUACUUUAUACACUGCUGCUACAGACGGGGGAACGUAAACUGUAGGGUCCAUGUGAUUUCAGAUGGAAUGUGUUGAUGACACAAGCUGUGAUAUUGACUGGACAUUCCUAAAGGAGAAAAAGAAAUACAGCGAGUUGUUUACCCGCAUUCUUCUUGCCCAAACCAAACAGAGUACAUGGACUCUAAGCGUAGAUCAGUGUGCAAUCAUUAAGUUUAAAGUCUAUUUUACAAUCAUUUCCACACCACAUAUAGUGUCUGCUGUGAUCAUUAUGCACAUGCUAGCUUAAGUAUUUUCCUACAUGAUAGUGUCUUUAUCAUCACUGAGUCAGUCCUCUAAGCCAAAGCCGUAUGGUGCCUUAAUCUAUAUUUCAUGUUUUGCCAUACACUCCAACAUAGUUUUUUUUGUUUAAAAAAAAAAAAUCAGAAUUUAAACAAAUUCAGAAACUGUCUGUCAAUCUGUCUGUUAAUUCAUGUCAGUCUGUGUGUAUAGACAUACAUGUGUUGUGUUUUGUAUGCGCACACACACAUGUCUGUUUGGCACACCCACAAGUCUGUCUGUUUAUUUGUUUUCAUGGGAAACUGUGUCAGAGAUUAACUGUAACCUCUUCUGCACUUAACACCAGCAACAACCUUAUUGUUUUGCUACAGGCCUAUAAUUACUUAAACGUGUCUGUAGGUGUCUUGGAGUAGCGCUGCUGUUUGAAUGGAUUUGAACUGGAGUGUGCGCUACAGCGAGGCCUUGCUAGAUGGGCCUUUUUUCAGCUAAUGUUAUGUUGCUGAAAGGCUGGAUUAGCCAAAGCCAAGCGACAAUGGAUCAUUGUGGAUGUAGUAGGUGUGGAUUGAGUGGUGACAUCGUCUUCAGUCACCUGCUGUUUUACAACCUCAAAAAGUCGACAAAAUGUAUGUAAAACCGCCAAACCCCUCUCCCGCCAUGGUGACUUAGGCCUACCUGGCAACGCGUCUCCAGGUCCUUUUUCAGGUGCAGUGUACACUGUGCUCUGCAAAAGAACCUUCAGGUGAACUGUGAGAGGUCGUAAAAGUUCUCUGAAGAAUCAUAGAGGGUUCUUUUAAGAACGUUGAAGUUUUGGGCAGAAUCACAAGGUUUCGUACCACCAGUGGCACACUGUAAUAGUCAUUGAAAAGUUAGAGUACCAUAGUACUACAAUACUAUGACAGUACACAGGGCCUUUAGUAAUGCACUACGAGUUGGUCAUUGCCACUCUGGUAACAGCAAAUUUACAAUGCCGUGUCUUAACGGGUUAAAGAACCUUAAGUUGUUAUUUCACAGUGGCAAUGAGGGUUCCUCAAAGAGCCUUUGGGCUCCUGGGUUCUCUCAAGAACCCUCAAGAAAACCUUGAGGUUCUUCCCAGAGCCUAUUUGGUAAACUUUUCGUGUCCUCAGAGAUCUGCCGCCACAGUGGCAAACUGAAGAUGUUUCUGGGAACUUUUAAUUUUCUCAGGGUAUUUUCACACCUAGUCCCCUGUAAGUGGACCAAAAGUGAACUGACAGCAAAAUGACUCCAUUUUGUUCAUAUGUGUUGUGAGUAUUACAAAAAGAACCAGCUGCUCUGGUCCGUAGGCUUUCAUGGUUUGUCAGUCCUCUUUUUGACCACACUUGGUCCUCUAAAGCUCACCUAGUCACAAGUGAAACUUGUCAGGAUCAUAAGUGAACUGUACUGCGACCACGUCAAUAAAGGUCUCAGUACGGUUCAUUUCCGAGGGGUCUGGAGUGACACGUCUGAGUUCACUUAAAUGGCUAAAAGGGACCAGGUGUGAAAACACCCAUAGUGUGUGCUAUGCUGGAAAGAGCUAUAGGUGUAUUAUAUUCAUGCCAUCCAUGAUCAUCAUGUUCAGCGCUUCAGGUUUUUGUUUUUGUGAUAAAUAAGCCAGUAUAUUUGUGGCAUAUUUUUUUGCCAAAAAAAGAGGCCAUUGUUUAAAUGACUGAAUAUUGUGUAUAGAAUCAUUGUAUUUAAAUGCCAAUAAACAUCAAGUAUUUGGCUGAGGAAGGAAGGAGAUGGGUUGUUCUUUCAAGUAGUCCAUGAAUAGAAGAAAUGGUCUGAUGCUUUGUGUCAAGGGUCUGCUAUGUUUGCAUGAGGGCAUGUUUGGGCAUGUCUGGCAGAGUAAUGGACUAGCAGCCUAGUAGCUAUAGAGAUACAGAGUAUGUAUUGCAUAAAAAGAAGCCACUGGACUGUAUGACUUAACCAUUGGCUCAAUGUUAAUAUUCAUUCAACUCACACGGUUACGCACAGAAAUAGUCUACGUGCAAACUAAUCUUAAACAGACACACAAGUGACUUACGUAUUUUAUUUGUUUGUUACUUAGUUAUUUUGUAUAAAUGUCCCCAUUUGUGUCCAGAAAGAAAUGUAUACGGUACUUUGCAAUUAUUUAAAGUGUGUAUAGUAUAUACACUUAAAAUAAUUGCAAAGUAUGGUAGGUAUUUUUCAGGUACUUUUCACUUUCAGUCACACAAUGUAGACUUUAGGCAUCAGUUUGAGGAUGGGAGCGACAAAAUACUGUAUAGUGGUGUCUGUUAAUUCCAUUAUGGUUUGGAAAUAACUUUCGCUUUGUUAAGUGUAUACAUUUU